ACACACAGAGAGAGCGAGAGCCUGGCGCUUUGAAGGUUAUGAAAUGAGGUGCCCGGCUAAAAUGGUCUCACAAAUGGGCGCAGCCGCGCAGGUGACCCCCUUUCAGGCUGAAAGCACCUUGGAUGGAUUUGCUCCAGGAGUGAGUUUUAAAUCUGGAAAGUUGAAAGGGUGGGCUGCUCUUAUUCGCUGACUCUCCGGUGCAAGCUUCUUUUUCGCUGCCAGCUUUUUUAGCCCUCCGAUCCGCAGUCAGGCUGGCUGCCCCUCAUGCAGAGAUUGUCAACAGCGUCGCUCGAAAACUCUCUCUUCCCCCCCGUAGGGACUGGCAACUUUGCUAAUGACACGAUGUAGGACAACAAAGCCCCAGGAGCCGGAGUAUCUGUAGGGAACAGUGCCCAGGGUAGCCAGCCAUGAUCGCCACUGGAGGCCUCUUGAGGAUCUCAGCCAGAAAACAGGAUCCCCUGCGGCCUCAGAGCCAAGUCCCAAAGCGCAAGCGCAAAGCCAAAAAGAAACGCAAGAAUGACGUGGUGGUGGUAAAGGGCAAGCUCAAGCUGUGCUCCCUCUCCGGCCUCAUUGCUCUUUGUGGCAUCCUGGUGCUUCUCGUGGGAAUUGCCUUGGCGGUAGUAGGCUACUGGCCCAAGCCUCUUUACCGGGCAGGGAGCACUGGGGACAGCCAGUUUUUGCCAGCACAUGGGACUGCCUCCAAAAGCCGCCCCCGGAACCAGACGGAAGACCCGGGAGAAUCUCACUCAGAAGGCUUGGGAGCCAACGCCUCCUUUGCGAGCAGCAAGAAGGGUGUCGCUCCUUCUCCACCUGCCCCCUCGUCCUCCUCCACUUCCACAAGCUUCCUCUUCCAGCUUUUCUCACGGUAUUUGCAUUCGGACAAGCUCAAGGUGCUCGGGCCUCUCAUCAUGGGCAUUGGAAUCUUCCUCUUUAUCUGUGCCAAUGCAGUGCUCCACGAGAACCGGGACAAAAAGACAAAGAUCAUCAACUUGAGGGACCUGUACUCCACUGUCAUCGAUGCACACAGCCUUCGGACCAAGGAUGGGGCGCCCUCAGCUCCUGUCGCCCCAGUUCCUAUCAACGGCUUCAUCAACUAUGUGCAACCUCGAGGGCUGGAGCUGAAACCUGGCAGUGGCCCUGCGGAAGCCCUGGGGGCUGCUGGUGUGCUAGCCAAGGGCAGCUGGCACCCACCCGUGGGUGCCCCUUUGUCUCCUCCAGACUUGGUUUCCUCGCCACGCUCCUCUUCUUUCUCUUCUAGGCAGCCGCAGCCGCCCAGCUUGGCUGAGGCUGUGUACAGCAUCUAUCGGGAGAGAGCUGCCUUGGCUAGAACUGCUCGUAGCCCACCUUGUAGCCCCCCAGAUGGCUGGGACCAGCAUAGCACAGCCAGUUCCAUUGUGGGUUCCUCGCUCAGCACUUUCACUUUGCUGCCUCUGGCUCAGGGGGAGGCGGCGGAGGGAGAGCGUGGCAGCUGGCGGAGGCCGCUGGGGGAACGAGGGGCUAGGGAGAUUCCACGGGGAGAUGUGGAGCUCAGCCUGAAAGAUCUCAGGAGCAGCUACCUAGACACGGGGCAAGGGUAUACAAUGCUGCCCAGGGCAGGCAAGCGCAAAUUGGUCCUUAGACGCCAGAGCACAAGCUGCCUCCCUGAUGCCCGGAGAUCCUUCUCCCCAGAACCCUCUCAGACUCUGGACAGUAGCACAGACCUCGAGUCCAGUCUUUUAGUAAAAGCUUCAUCUUCCAGCUACUCCAAAUCCCUCGAUCUGGGGGACUCUCCCCCUCCGACGCCACCUGUGGACAGGAGAGAUUCUCAGAGCUCUCAGUGUGAUCAACACAGAAGCAAUAAGGGCUACACCCCAUUGGAGGAGACAGGCACCUCCUUGGAAUCUGUUGCCAACACCCCAGCCCAUAAAACCCAGGACUGUGAAGCGAUCCCCAGUGGGGAAUCUGACCCCUCUGAGGGUCCCAGCAAAGAACAAACAGAGCAGCGGCCUUUGAAAGUGCAAAGACAGUACACAAAUAAAGAGAAACUUUUCAUGAUCUCCAGAUCAAAUGCCAUGGCCGGGCUGGAGGAAGGAGACCCGGAGAGCAGAGGCGUGAUUUAGAUCUAAGCGAAAUGAAAUGGAGGCAAGCACCAGAACAAUUUGUGAUCCUUCUGCCCCCUUGUGGAUCUAGGAACUGGUCAACAUCCAAAGAGCUUGAGGAAUGUUCUUGUGGAAUGGCAUCAAUAAAUUCCUGUAGAUGUAUUCAGGAAAGAAAGGAAGAAGAAAAACACCACCACCAUCUAACAGGAGUUUGUUCUGUUCAGUUGUGCAACUAUAUUCCAUGCAAGCCAAAUUGUAUUGCACAUUGACAGCUGAGUAAAUUCUUUGGAUCAAAGGAGUAGAACAUUACAAUAAUUGUGGCACUUUACUGAUUUUUUAAAAUUCCAGUUGCCCCCUUUCAUUCUCUCUCCAUCUCUCUUGGCUUUUGCCAUGGCACUUAACUGCACACUCUUGUCCUAGCUUCAGAUAGAGGUGACUUUCAAGUCAGAAUCCGUCUCUUUUCCUUCCUUUUAAUGUUUGGUUAGAAUGAGGAAGUACUAUGGCAAAGGUGGGAGGUGGGAAACAGCUUUAAUUUUUGUAAAAGUGUCGGCUGAGGAAAGAUUGGAGAUGCCCUAUGGCCAGCAAGCUGCAAUUCUACAUUCCUAAAUUCAAGUAAUAUUACUUUAUGAAGUAUUAUUGCACAUGUAUGAAUCAAUAGCAUUAAUAAGCAUUUUUAAUUUAAAUAAAAUAUAUUUACAAUGAGAAAGUAGAUUUAGCUAAUGUUUCAUUUCUGACUAAAUUCUUAUUAAUGAAAUAAGCCUUGUUUUCAGUGUAGGACUUUGAAUUAUUAUUUUUAAAGACAAAAAGGCAGGGGAAUAGGUAGGGGUGUGGGUGGGUGAGUGUUGAAUUAAGGAGAACAAUGGUAAAAACUUUCUUAAACGAAGCAGAAAAAAUGUGGUUGAGUUAACUAAUUUAAAACUUAAAAGUCUUCUGCAGGUGGUAUAGCAUCAAGGCAAAAUAAAGCACUUAAAUUCCAUUGUUUUCAAGGAAAGAGACAGUGAACCAUGUGUAUAACACUUCUGAAAUAAAUUAAGUUACAACACAAUUCCAUCUAUGGUGUUUCAGGAGGAAGCACCAAACUAGACAUGAUGUUAAUUGCAUGCAUGUAAUGAAUGCACUUAAAAAUAAACAAACAGAAGCCACACACACCCUCCCUGGUGCAUGGGUUGUUCCGUGGCUGGGGAGAGGUUAACCCUUCCCUUCCUGUCAUGCUAAAAUCCUCCUCAGUUGCAUCAAGACAGUGUCUUCACCCACUGUGGUCCUGAUGCAUAUCAGUGCUAUCCCCAGCUGCUGUUUACACUGUUAUUGUUAUUAUUUUAUGCACGUUGACUGCAUUCACACAAUUAACAUCAAAUCUAGUCUGGCCCUUAGUUGCAUUGUGUUGGGUAGGCCUCGCUCCUAGGACAGUGUGCAUAGGAUUAAAAAAGUGAAAAAUGCGUAACUUUAAUAAAUAUUUGCUCUUAGGAUUGUAGCCUUGUAUCCUGGUACUAGGUGCACAAUUUGGAAAUGUCCUACUGAAAUGAAAGAGAUUGAAGUCUAACUAAUUUGUGAGGGACAGGGUAAGAUUGCCAGGUUAACUUUUAACAUGUUUUAGCAGUUAUGAGAUGCUUUUAGUAUCAGUUUCAUCCCACAUGCAUUUACAAAGACAAAGUAGAACACCUGAGAAGUUGUCCUAGCAAGCAUUCUGAUGCAGCCGGUACCAGCUGGCCUGUGUCUCCAGAAAUAUUAGCAAAGUGACACCAAAGAAGGUAAAGUGAUACUAAGAAGGUAAAAUGCCAGUGUUUUGGAUAUGGUACUUAGCCCUGAUUUCCAUAGGUAUAUCCACCCUCCUUUAGCAUUUAUUCAUUGGUGGCUGUUUCAUGCAUGCAAGGCAUCCCUUAAUGUUGCAGUCACAAAGUGAUGAAUAUACAUGCAUGAAUUCAGCCUUAGGUGGGGUUUAUUAGAUGGUGCUGAGGCAGACAGGAGAGGAUGGAACAUCAUGUGUGCAACCAGAGAAUAGCCCAAACCACAGUAUUCGUGAAUUAUGUAUAUCUGUGCUUUGAAGCUAUGGAUAUGUACUUGGAAGUAAGUUCUAUCAAAGUUAAUGCAUUCAGUACGUUUAGAUAAUGUGGUGCCAGCCUAUACCAGUCCAUAUCAAACUAUACCUUGAUUAAAUCUGUCUAUCUGGUGCCUAUUUGAUUAUGGAUUGGACAGUAAACUACAUUUGAAGUUAGUAUUCUGACAUUUUAAUUGGGAUUUAAAACAGGGUAGGGCUUGGGUUUUCGUUUUGCCCGUUAACAUAAAUCGUAUGAGCAAUAAUGUGCAAAUAAAAAAAAACUUUUUUGAAAUUCUGGGGAAUGGAAAUGCUAAACGUUAAUUUGAGACCUCAGUUAUCAAUGUUGGUCCCCCCCCCUUUCAUUUUUUUAAAAAAAUCUGAAAGAUCUGAGAUUUAGGGCAGGCUUAUGCUUUGAAACCACAGGGAACAAUUAUGAAUGGGUUAGCUCCAUAGGCAGCAGUAAUAUGUAAAACAGCUUGCUCUGAUUAUGGAUAGAUUUUCUGUGCCAGCCCCAAGAACAACCAAGAAUAUGCAGUUCUUGUGUUAAUCAAUAAUAUGUGGGUGAUCAACAUGAUCCAUUGCUUCCACAUGCUGUGUUGGUCCCGCAGAGCUAUAUUUUUGCUGAAGCAUUCCUAACAGCUUCCACAUGGUGACUGUAACCUAAGAACUGGCCCUUGGUAAUCAGAUUCCAUUACUAUCAGUUCAUUUCAAAUAAAUACUUAAUCUCAGAAA